GGGAGAGGAGACAGAAACAGCGUUGACCGACCAGGAACGAAGCUGGCUGCCCGCCCGCCCGCCCUAUUAAGCUCCACCUUCCACCCGCCUUAUCACCAGCUACGGGACGAUGGCUCUGGAUCUGGGCAACGAUCAGUACGCGCUCACGCUGCUAGGUAGCAACGGUAGCGACGACCAGUACGAUGGAGCGGGCAAUGGUGGCAACAGCCUAGCCGCGCGCCCGUACUCUAAAAGCUCGGCUGGUGCGGAUAAUGAGCAGAUGCGGACGGAGAUUGUGCGCUUAGAGAAUGUGCUUGCCAGUCGCAUCGCAGCCCGUGCCAAUCAGGACAAAUCCAACCUGCCACUAGAGCGCUCCAGCAAGAUCGAAAAGUACGUGGAGGUAAUGGAGCUCACCAAGUGUUUGCGUCGCCAGAAAGAGUUCCUGCUGAGUGAAAACCGCAAACGCCAGCGCUUCGCCGAGAAGAUUCAGCAGGCCAUGCCGCCGUCCACCGAUAGCAUCCAGUUUAUGAAAAAUGUCAAGUACCCACCCGAUGAAGAGCUGGAAAAGACGUCCCGAGAGGCGUUUAUGGAGAUGAUGGAAUACCAAGUGAGUGGAGAGGCGGCCACAUACAUGGGCUGGCAGACCAAGCGCGAGUCCAAGUCAAUGUACAUGCACACGUUCUCCGAGAAGAGCUUUGUGGGGGAGGACAUGGCUCGCGUCUUUAAUGAAACUUGGGCAAUGUUUCACGACGAGGCCAAGCAAGAGCUGCUGCACCGUCGGCGAAGCAAGUUCUGUAUUUUGAAAAAGCUGAACGACAACAUGUACUUGACGCGCAACAUUCACCAGUUUAUUGGAGAAAGCUUUCCGCGCCAUGCUAUGACGCUCGUGUGCCGCAUUUCGAUUGAUAAGGACACAUUUGCCAUUAUCAGCAAGUCCGUGGUCCCGCCUACAAACGACGCUCAGCACCUGGUAUGGACUGACGAGUGCUUCAUGUGGAAGUUUGCGCGACGCAUGGACGCACAGGGUGGAUUCGACAUCUCCAUCCGUGGCAAGUACGGCAGUACUUCUGCAGUUGCAGGCAACCGCUUGCCCAUGCUCGAAUCCUACUUCCAGCUUGUGGACUGGGAGUCACUCGUUAUUCGCCCAAUGUUCGACUUCACUGUAGUGUAGCUUCUCGAUGCUGAAUGCUCAGUUGAUGCUCGGCAGGGUAGAUGGAAAGGUUUCGAGAGGAAGAAACGACGACCGCGAUAGCGAGGAAGGAUUUACAGCUAAUCUGCUGCAGUCCAGCCAAGCUAAGACCAGCGCAGCUAAGCAUAUUCUUUCUUUUUGUUGGGCAGUAGUCGAGCUACCAGCGCCAACCGGCCAAGCUGCACCAGUCGGAAGCUUGUACGUACCCAAUUGUGCACGCUUAUAAUUUACUUCCUGUUUAGCUGUA